AUGCGAGGUUAUGAAGUGUCUAAGGAUUGGUGGGAAUUUGUAAACACGUAUGAAGGGAGUUUUUCUAGUACGCUUUAUCUCGAUAUCAUCUUCUGCCAAAAAUAUUUAAGAAUAUUAGGAAUAGAAGUUGAGGACAAUGAUGAACAGUGGAAAGAAGAUACAUCUAGUAAAGAUGAUGAUAAAGAGUGUGAAGAAGAUACAUCUAGUGAAGAUGAUGAUAAUAGUGGGAAGAAGAUACAUUUAGUGAAGAUGGGAGAGGAGAAGGUGGUUCGGGAGGAGAUGACUAAUUUGAGGUUUGAAAAGGUACUGGAAUUUCUUGAACUGUCAUUUCCAGAUGUUGGAGGGGUGGAAGAAGAAGAAGAAAUGUUGACAAAUGCUGAAGAACAUUACAAAGUUGGGGGAGGAGAUGAUAAUGAAGGAGAUGGGGGAGGAAAUGACGAUGAAGAUGGGGGAGAAGAUGAUAGUUAUGGUGACAAAGGAGAUGAAGAAUAUUCAGGAGGCGACGAUGGUGAAGGACAUUGGGAAGAUGGUGAAUAUGAUCAAGAUGAAGAAGAAGAUGAAGAUGAAGAGGAUGAAGAUAAAGAUGAUAAAGAUGAAAAAUGUGAGGGACCUCUUGAUGGCAAAAAAGAUUAUGCAAACGAUAAUGUAGAUGACCUGAUAGAUGAGCAUGUCCAUAUCAUGGAUAUUUUAGAAGAGUACGAAUUUAUCGGAGAAUUCCUUUAG